GGCCGCAGUCACACAGCUCGGUGGGUCCUUGGGCCCAUCGGUUUCCUCCCCCGGCCCAGCCCUCCCUCCAGCCCCUAACCUGGCGACGCCUGGGCGGGCGCGCGCGGUCCCAAGGGCGCCUGGUCUACACUCUCCGGCGAAGUCUCUGCGGGCUCCCUGGAGGAGUCCCUGAAAGUUUGACCGCAGCGCGGGUGAGGGUGCGGGACCAGUGACGCGACCCCGCCCUCGGCGACACUGCCCCUGGGCCAGGGCGGAAAGUAAAACUCUCUCACCAUGUCCCAGAAUGGAUUCCUUGAGGAUGCAGCCCCUGAGGAGAGCCAUGGGGAAGAGGUCUGUGAUACGGUCAACUCCUCCGUUGUGUCUGGCGAGAGCAUCCGUUUUUUUGUCAACGUCAGCCUGGAGAUGCAGCCCUCCCAGACUGCCGAAAAUGAAGCAUCUGGUGGCUGCGUGCUCCUACACACCUCCCGCAAGUAUCUGAAGUUAAAGAACUUUGAGGAAGAGAUCCGAGCACACCGCGACAUAGAUGGCUUCCUGGCUCAGGCCAGCAUCAUCCUGAAUGAGACGGCUACCUCACUGGAUGACGUGCUGCGGGCCAUGUUGCGCCGCUUUGCCCAGGACCCCAGCCAUGCCGAGCCUGGCUGCGACUUGGACCUGCUCAUGGCCAUGCUCUUCACUGACGCUGGGGCUCCCCUGGAGAGUAAUGUUCACCUGCUGUCAGAUACCAUCCAGGGAGUCACGGCCACCGUCACAGGUGUGCAGUACCAGCAGUCGUGGCUCUGCAUCAUCUGUACCGUCAAGAGCCUGCAGCGGCGGCAUGUGUGCAUCAGCCACCUGGUGCGCCCCCAGAACUGGGGGGAGAAUUCCUGUGAGGUGCGCUUUGUCAUACUGGUGCUGACCCCACCCAAGAUGAAAAGCACCAAGACGGCAACGGAGGUGGGUCGCACGUUCGCCACCAUGUUCUCGGACAUCACCUUCCGCCAGAGGCUCCUGGAGACCCGCACAGUGGAGGAGUUCAAGGAGGCCCUGGUGCACCAGAGGCACCUGCUCACCUCAGCGAGUCAGCGUCGGCGGAAGUCCAGUGCCAAGUACCACAGCACGUGCUCCUUCAGCCACAAGCCCCUGCAGUGCAAGGACUUCCUCUCUGUAGGGAAAGGCAUCUGGGACGACAUCGCACGGAGGUUCCCUGUGUACCCGCUGGACUUUACGGAAGGCAUAAUCGGGGGCCACAACGCUGUGGGCAAAUACAUCACCACCACUAUAUUCCUCUACUUUGCCUGUCUCCUGCCCACCAUCGCCUUCGGGUCCCUCAAUGAUGAGACCACGAAAGGAGUUAUCGAUGUACAGAAGACCGUGGCUGGGCAGAGCAUUGGAAGCCUCUUGUAUGCACUCUUCUCUGGACAGCCGCUGGUGGUGCUGCUGACCACCGCACCCCUGGCCCUCUACAUCCACGUGAUCCAAGGCAUCUGUGACGACUACAAGCUGGAUUUCAAAGCCUUCUAUGCAUGGACAGGCCUGUGGAACAGUUUCUUCCUUGGUCUCUAUGCCUUCUUCAACCUCAGCCUGGUCAUGAAGCUCUUCAAGAGGUCAACAGAAGAGAUCAUUGCCCUGUUCAUCUCCAUCACGUUCGUAGUAGAUGCUGUCAAGGGCAUGGUCAAAAUUUUCAGGAAGUACUACUAUGGCUACCACUCCGACGACUCCUACACAGAGAAGACUGCAUCCCUGGCAAGCCUGCUGGGCCUCAACACCAGCCUCCAUGCUGACGUCAACACCAGCCUCCUACCCAGACUGCCGGAGCUAACAACGGAGGACAGCCAUGUGCACACGGGCCGGGACACCGCCGUGCUCAGUCUCCUCAUCAUGCUGGGCACCCUCUGGCUGGGCUACACCCUCUACCAGUUCAGGAGGCGCCCCUACCUGCACCCCUACGUGCGGGACAUCCUGUCAGACCUGGCCCUGCCCAUUGCGGUGCUCACCUUCUCCCUCAUCGCCUCCUACGGCUUCCAGGAAAUAGAGAUGUCCAAGUUCCGCUACAACCCCAGAGAGAGUCUGUUUGAGAUGGCCCAGAUGGACCUGCUGUCCCCGGGGGCCAUCAGCAGUGCCAUGGGCCUCGGCUUCCUGCUCUCCAUGCUCUUCUUCAUCGAGCAGAACCUGGUGGCUGCCUUGGCUAAUGCACCAGAGAACAGGCUGGUGAAGGGCACUGCCUACCAUUGGGACCUCCUGCUCAUCGCCCUCAUCAAUACUGGGCUGUCUCUGUUUGGGCUGCCCUGGAUCCACGCCGCCUAUCCCCACUCCCCACUGCACGUGCGGGCCCUGGCGUUUGUGGAGGAGCGUGUGGAGCACGGCCACAUUUAUGAGACGAUCGUGAGUGUGAAGGAGACGCGGUUGACCUCGCUGGGCGCCAGCAUCCUGGUGGGCCUCUCGCUGCUCCUGCUGCCCUUCCCGCUGCAGUGGAUCCCCAAGCCCGUGCUCUAUGGCCUCUUCCUCUACAUCGCCCUCACCUCCAUUGACUGCAACCAGCUCUUUGAGCGAGUGGCCCUGCUGCUCAAGGAGCAGACUGCAUACCCGCCCGCGCACUACAUCCGGAGAGUGCCCCAGAGGAAGAUCCACUACUUCACGGGCCUGCAGGUCCUGCAGCUGCUGCUGCUCUGUGUCUUUGGCAUGAGCCCCUUGCCCUACAUGAAGAUGAUCUUUCCCCUCAUCAUGAUUAUCAUGAUUCCCAUCCGCUACAACCUGCUGCCCCGAAUCAUUGAAGCCAAAUACCUAGACGCCAUGGAUGCCGAGCACUGAGGCCCUGACUGGCAGGCCCUGGCCACACCCCUUCACUCGUC